CGACGACGGCGGCAAUGGACGAAUCUGCUUUGUUGCUCCUCAUCUCUUGCAGAUUCAUUCCAUACGACCAAUGGCUCACCACCCACGUCGACCCUGCGUGGAAAGUGAAACAGGUAAAGCACUGGAUUCUAUCAAAAUGUAUAUCCCACGGAAAGGAGGAGGUCGACAUUGAAGUACCAGAGCCACGGCACAGAUCUCCGUCUCCCAUUGUAUUUGCACCGCCGAAGCAUCUUCGACCUAUAUCUCCUAUCGAAUUCAGUACAAGGGUCGGGAGCGGGUACGAGGAGGAUGACGAGGCUGACGCUGAGGGUAACGACGUUCAGAAACCACCUGCUCAGCUUCCAAGCAUGUCUGUGUUACCUUUCACCGAACCGUCGCCUCCAGCGAAGUCGAAGACCAGACGUAAGAUGAAAUCUACUUCAUCCUCGGAGCCUAUACAUCCCCAUCACCGCUCAGCAUAUGAACCGUCUCGUCUCACUCUGCUACGCUUUUCAACUGGGCAGAUUUUGGAGGAUGAUUUCGCGUUUGCUUGGUAUGAUAUUCAGCCUGGGGAGCUUUUCGAGGUCCAUCGCGUUGGUGUUGUGCUGAAACUCCAGAGAACGGCACCGACGGAAUAUGCGAAGCCUUAUUGGGAAGGAUGGGUGAAAACAGUGAACACGAAUCCGAACGGGAAGAAGAAGAACGUGAUGGGCGACGGGGGGAAGGAAAGCAAGUUUGAGUGGAAAGACCGGUGGGUGGUGGUCAGAGAAGGUCAGAUGCAAUUGUGCAAAGACCGUUCCGAUCCUAUUCCACACAACGCUCUUUUUCUGUCCCAUUUGACAGCUAUUCGCGGAUCAGAUCAUCUUAAGAAGAGCGCCAUAAAGGUCACCCCGAAGAUGCGAAUUAUUUGCGCAAAGUUCAAGAUACGUUCGAGUGUCACAACGUCAACAGUAGUCGAAACGGUCUCUUCUGAGAAGGAUGCUGUGCCAUCAACGACGUUCACCGUAAUAUCUCCCGCCAAGAACCUCCAACCAGCGUUGACCAUUGACCUUCGACGGACCCGGAAACGGUCAUCGACAAUAUCUCACCUACCUCACAAAACCGGCCAUGAUUCAGACUCGACUAAUCCAGAUGGGGAAGACGACUCUGAUUCUACACUGUCUUCUCCCGUGUUUGCUCACGAUCCUGGAACAGACGAAGGGGGUGAUGAUCACGAUGAUGACAAUGAUGUCAAGGCCGUUCUUGGCCUUCGUUAUGGACCCCGCCAUCGAUAUAGACACGACAAAGCCAUUAAAAUCCGUGGCUCGGCAGAAGAUGACGACGAUUUACCUUCCAUCGAUCCAUCAGGAGAAAAUUCCUCUGAAAUAGGUGAAUGGAUCGUCCUGGAUCUGCUCGAAGACAGCGGGUAUAUGUCCUUGUUGCGUACGCUCCACCGUCUGUUCCCGCAUGAGACUCUGUCAAUAGCCGAGGCAUCGACAUUUGUCUCCACACUGCUGCCAUCCUUGGACUCACCUGACACUCCCAUCCCGCCUACCCCACCGCCUACCUCCACUUCGACUCACCCGACCUCGCUGCUUCCGUCAGUACCACAUAACUACGGCGCACUGGCGUUCCCCGAAUGGCGCACGGAGUUGGUGCGUCGUGCACGUAAAGCCGGAGUUGGACACAUCGGCAGCGCCAUGAGAUAUUUGAUGUGGGGCCUGGAACAUGCGACAGAGGAGGAGGAAGAAGAGGAAGAAGAGAGCGAUACGGGAUCGCUGGCCGAAUGGGAUGGGUGGAUGGUCGAUCUGCAAAGGCAAGCUAGUGCUAUGAAGGAGCGCGAACAGGAGCUGGAGAACGAUGAUGAGUAUGAGGCCGAGGACGAGGACGAAGGUGACUACUACCAGGAGCAGUCUGAGAGGAUGGCCAUGGAGCCUUCGGCUGUGGUGACUUCGGUCCCGCCGUUUUCCUCGCCUGCCGCGACGCCUCCGCUGUCGUCUCCGCCUUCCUCCGAAUCGCUGUACAGGUCACUGAAUGUGAAUGAGCUAGUUGACGGGCAUGGCCGUGAGCUGCGACACAGUAGGUCGGACGAGCCGCAGCUUCAUGAACAGGGCCCAGCGCGUCGUCCGAGUAUGCCGUCACUGUUGUUUGGGGGAGCUGGUGUGGGGAGGUCGAGUAGCGUGCUGAGGAAGGGGAAGGGGAAGGAGAGAAGGAAGGACAGGGUUCACCAGGAUGAGGGGGCUGACACUGAAGGGAAGAAGAAGAGCGGGCUGGUGAGGGGCAUGGAGAAGUUGGCGAGGGGUUUGGAUCCGACUUUGGAUUUCGUCGACCCUCGUUAAUGGUUAUUGAUGUAAGAGUAAUAUGUUGUACUGUACACACUUUUUUUUUUGGGAAAGCCUGGUGUAUUAAUUGUAGGCUUCUGUAUAGAUAUCGGUACUUCCUGUAGUUUAAUGUCUAGAACCCGUAGGACUUGAAUGCUAAUACAUGCUCUCUUUUGACCUGGUG